ACCAACCGACUCAUUAUUAAAACUUGAAUAAAAAAAAAAAUAUUUAUUUGUGCAGUGAGUUUUAGAAAAAAAUUCAACCAAGAGACAAACGCGUUUAAAGCGUCGUUAAGUAAAGAAGACAAAAAUUAAGAAGAAAAAAUACUGAAAAACCGCGCGCGUGUGUAAUUAAGUGAAAAUUAAUUAUUGAAACAAAUUGCUAAGAAAAAACAAAUAAAAUUUAUCAACAAAAAUAAUUGAAAAAGUGUUAAGAAUUUCAAUCAACACAAAAUAAAAAUGGUGGAAACCACUACAGUAACACGCACUACAGAAAUACCAGUUCCUGCAACCACUGCAGCACCCAUACGUAUUAACACUACGGCCACCACCACCACCUCCACAGCCACUACCGCUGCUGGUGGCAGACAAAAUGAUGAAGUUACUCGUGGUAUUUAUAAUUUGAAAAUGAUCUUAUUCCUGUUGAUCCUUCCUCUUGUGCUAUUUGCUGUGUUUCUUAAACAUCUGUUGGAUUAUUUAUUCGGUUUGGGCAUUAAAGAGAAAGAUGUGGCUGGCAAAGUGGCUUUGGUUACAGGUGGCGGCAGUGGUUUGGGUCGUGAAAUAGCUCUUGAAUUGGCACGUAAAGGUUGUAAAAUUGCCGUAGUCGAUGUAAAUUCCAAAGGCUGUUAUGAAACCGUUGAUAUGAUUUCAAAAAUUCCCCGUAGUGUGGCCAAAGCUUAUAAGACAGAUGUCUCAUCGCCACGUGAAUUACAAUUAAUGGCUAUUAAAAUUGAAAAGGAAUUGGGUCCAGUGGAGAUUCUAGUGAACAAUGCCUCACUGAUGCCCAUGACAUCGACGCCACAGUUGAAAAAUGAUGAAAUUGAAAAAAUUAUUACCGUUAAUUUGGGUUCAUACAUCAUGACCACUAAAGAAUUCCUACCAAAAAUGGUAGCACGUAAAUCUGGUCAUGUAGUUGCUGUUGCGGCAUUGUCUGGUCUUGUCCCUCUACCCGGUGCCGGCAUUUAUACUGCAACCAAAUAUGGUAUUCUUGGUUUUAUGGAGGCUUUACGAUGUGAAUUGCGUUUAUCCAGUAGCGAUUACGUACGCACCACAGUGGCCAAUACAUAUUUUAUGAAGACAAGUGGCGAUUUGCAUUUACUCAGUGAUGCUGGCAUCUCGAGCAGUUAUCCAGGUUUACCAACAGCAUAUGUGGCAGGGAAAAUUGUCCGUGGCAUGUUGCUCAAUGAGCGUAUGGUGUACGUGCCAAAAAUAUUUGCAUUAAGUGUCUGGUUGCUCAGCUUAUUGCCCACCAAAUGGCAGGAUUACAUGUUAUUAAGAUUUUACUGUUUUGAUGUACGCAGCCAUCAUUUGUUUUAUUGGAAAUGAAUUGAAAAGAAGUCCAACAAAUCAAUUAUUUUACGUGCCAAACUACAAAAUCUCUUUAAAUAGUUAAAAAAAGAAGAAUUAUUAUUAUUAUUAACAAAAACGUAUCAUCAGUUAUGUUUCUUUUAUAUACAUUUGGAAUUUAAAUCCAAUUUAAAUUUACUGGUCAUUAAGGCUUCUUUUUUUAAGAAAAUCAUACACAUACAACAUAAUUACAUAAUACUGCUUAUACAAUACAUAUUUGUAUUUUUAUUAAAUAUUAAAUAUUAUUUAUUUUUUAUUUUGUUUUUACAUUUAUUAAUAAUAUGUAAGUGUAUUGUAUUUAUAUUUAAAAUUAAGUUUAAUUUAAUAAUAAAGUUUUACAAUUAUUACAAUUAAA